AUGUCUGGCUUGCGAGCUUGCCUCUUUGCCCCAGAGGAGGUAGGAUGCCUCCUUGUGCGUGCUGGCAACCGUUGGAAGCUCUGGAGGGAAAGAGAAGGCGCUGUCGAGCUCUACCACAGUGAUGAGAACGAGACGUACACAGCAGCUUGUUGGGCCUGCCCUGAAAACUUGCAGGGGUGCGUGGUGCUGGGCUGCGCAAGUGGCCGGGUCCAAGCUUGGGACGCGAGCUCCGCGGAGUUGCUCGGCCGUCCUGGUCAGGCGUUUCAUGCUCUGGCCAGUGGCGCGGACUGCAGUGUUACAGCUCUGGCAGCUUCUUCCACGAGAGGGACGGUCUUUGCCGCAUGCUCCGGACUGCCAGACAUUCUUGAGAUUGGACUUGUGGAUGGUGUGACGAGAAGCUCCCUUGCCAGUGGGAAGAACUCAGUCUCCGGCUUGGCAGUAUCCGGCUUAACGUCAGAAUGGCUUCUGAGCUCUUCCAUCGCGGCUCCUCUAAAGCUGUGGCGACUCCCAGCUGCCGGUGCAAGCUUGUCCAACCUUCACAAGGCGAGCAAGUGCUUGAAGGCCCCAGCAGGCGGCGCUGCCCAUGUGGAUCUUUGCUGCUUCGAGGGCCGCCUGAUGGCUUUGGCUUCUGACGGCGCCAUGCAGGUGGACUUCUUCGAUGCAGGCCCGGAAAACCAAGGAGGAGUGGCUCACGGCAAGAGGACGCCCACGAGUUCGACGAGGGUGCUUACCUGCCACGAGCGAGUGAAAGAAGCUCGCUUGGCAAAGGAGAGGGAUGCAGGCGGGCGGCUGCUGGCAGUCGGCCACGGACCUUCAAUCGUUGUAUGCUGGACGUUCGAAACAGGAUCGGACGCGCCUGUCCGAACAGUUGCACCGAGCUUCUCAGUUUCGAAGACCGAGCUGGGAGGCACAGUCUUAUGUGCUCGAGGUGCGCAGCUCGCCAUGAGAAACAUGCGAACAGAGAGGUUGAUGAUGGUGGUGGCGCAUGGCACCGCUGCCAGACCCUCCUUUGCACAGGUGACCCCGCCAAAGACCAAGAAAGGUGCUGCAAUUGUGGAAGCUCUGGCUGCGGGGCAGCCUCGGGCAGAUGAAGCAGCCAACUCAGUGCCAGCCAAACAACGGGCUGCUGCAACUGUACUUGGUCCAGCAGAAACUGCUCCUCAGAAGAGAACGAAAGCCGAUCAGCAGGCCGUGGAGGACACUGGGAAGCGGCGAACAGUGGUUGUUCCUGGAAGUCGUCCGGAGACCGCAGGCAGUAAUCUGUCUCUGGCUCCAGUUCUACGGCAGGGACUGAGAUCGAAGGAUAGCAGCACGCUUGACAAGACGCUGGUGCUCAAAGAUCGAGACCUGAUGGACACAUCGGUCUCGGAACUUUCGAGCAUUGAAGCCUAUGACCUGAUGCAAGAAUGCGCCAGGCGGCUGAUGGAGAAACCAAUGGAGGGUCAGGUUUAUUGUGCGUGGAUGCAGCGGGUGGUCUAUCACCAUGGUACUUUCAUUCGUUCCUACCCUGCGCUCCGAGAUGCUCUCCGGCCGCUUCACGAUGCCACAAGUUCCAGAUGUGCCUCUUACAGAACUUUGAUGUACAUGCAUGGUCGACUUCACGGCCUUGUAUCCAGGGGGAAUGAGGUCCUCGAGAGGGAAGCCACGGAGACGGUGGUCAGAGUGCCGCUGUUGGAGUAUGUCGAGGGUGAUGAGGAUCUGGAAGAGGAGCAGAAGCAGGAGGACGAUCUUGGAGAGUUGGAUGAGGACGACGAUGACGACGAGGACAUCGAUCUCAACGCAGAUGAUUGGUUAGACAGUGACUAG